UCGCCAUGGUCACAGAAACUGGGAGGUGAUGACGUAUGAAUCUCGCGCUAUCAAUAGCAGCGUACAUCGUUAAGCGCUCACACAAGUCGCGUGCUCCUCUGCUGACAUGCCGACAGCAAGAAUGUCAAACUGUGAAACCAAAUAGUCGCGACAGCUUUAAAUUUAUACAAGGGGUUGUUAUAUCGGCGGCAUGGCCACGUCUUGGAAAAGAGGUCGAGUUUUCAGAACGGUGUGGAAAAGUAUUUUUACAGUUAUCACCGUCUUUCAUCGAUUUCCCAUUUCACAAGGACAGAGUCUAGACGCCGCCCUGUGUACCACACCCCUGGGCGUGGCCGAGAACUCCCGGUCCCUGCUUCCUUACACCUUAUCUGCGACUGAAGGUGAUGCCCAGGACGUCCGACUCAACGGCCGGCGAUCCUGGUACGGAACAACGCUUGGCCCGACUACAUUUGUACAAGUUGAAGUCGAGAGUAACAUGCUAGUCACCGGUCUACUGGUACAGGGAGACAGUGAGAGACACAUGUGGGUGACGUCACUGAGAGUGAAUUAUAGUGUCAAUUGCCGAGAUUACUUCGAAAUUGAGGAUAACGGUGCGCCGAAGGUGUUCGCGGCCAAUGUUGAUACGAGCUCAGUGUCCACCAUCGUGUUCAACCACGUAUUUGUGGCUAAAUGUGUCCGCCUCAUUCCCACUGAGCGCCAUGGUAACCUGUCAGCCCUCAGAUUCGAGCUCAACGGGUGCAUGCCGUCUGCAUGCUUUAAGAGUCUAAACACUACUGCCAGCGAUAGUGGCGCACAGCUCCGCCUGGCGGGGGAAAAACUCGUGUCCAUCGUCCGCAUAGAGCCGACUGCCAUCGGAUAUAGCAGUUACCGUCUCUCGUACAGCCGCACAUGCGUCAAUUUCUAUGACGUACUGGAGGGCAACCACGCCAAGGUAUUCACGAGCUUUGACGGCGAGUCGAUAGAUGUGGAUCUUCAUCUCCGGCCCCUCAGGACGCUAUGUGUACGAGUCACGCCUUUCGGACAAGCCAGCGCCCCAGUGGUGCGGCUCAGGGGCUGUGCUGUUACAGAGAACGAGGGGAUCCACGUCUCGUGCGGACUCACUCAUUUCCAUAAUAACCGAUACGACCUCCACGGUGUCCUGAGGAACCUACACGCCGGCAGACCACUGCGUCAGAAGCGCGUGGUCGGCGGCAUUCAUGCGGCGCCAGGGGAGUGGCCCUGGCUUGUGUCUCUCCAAUUCCUUCGGUACCACAUGUUCUCGAACUCUUCCGGUUUCCCCCAUCUCUGUGGCGCCUCCCUCAUUCAUCCGCAGUGGGUGAUUACGGCAGCCCAUUGCUUUGAGGACACGGUUUGGCCGGGCCUGGCUACCGCCAGUAACUGGCGGGUACUGAUUGGGGAACACAACCAGGCAGGACGGGACGGUACAGAGCAGGCCUUCAACAUCAGUAACAUCUACAAACGGGACAACUUCCAGAUCACGUGGGACACACCUCUACUACAAGACAUCGCCCUAUUGAAACUGGACCGGCCGGCCAUUUUGUCCGACUACGUCAACCCCGUCUGUCUGAACGUACUGACCAGUAGGUUCCCGCCAGGAUCUGUGUGCGUCACGGCCGGCUGGGGUCAGAACACACAAGAUGGGAAGGGAGUGCGUCUGCCGCUCCACGCCCAGCUACCAAUCAUUCCUCCGGCCGAUUGUGACGCAAAGUAUGACGCACUACCGGAAGGUCACAUGAUGAAGAACUUUGUCUCUAUUGAUGAUUCGGUUCUCUGUGCUGCCACAGAGUCCAGCCAGACCGGACGCGACUCAUGCCAGGGAGAUUCAGGAGGGCCCUUAUUCUGUAAGGACGGAGAUCAUUGGGUACAGGCCGGUAUCGUGUCUAUAGGCCUCGGUUGUGCUAACCCGGACUUUCCCGGCAUCUAUACACGGAUAUCGUCCUUCAUUAACUGGAUAAAUACCACCCUGGUACAAAACUCGGACGAUCCUGACAACCCGGAUACAGUCAAUGCCGGAUACAAUCCACAGAUACAGAAAUAGUUUCACACUCCGGUUAAUAUCAAAUGUGCAAUCUUGAAAUUAUCAACGUUUUACAGCGAUACGUCCACAGUACGUAUUUUCCCCCCACAGAAAUACGUUUACAAUGGGGAUAUUGGUGUUUUUUUUCUACAUAGUGCGUUCACAAUACGGUUAUUAUGAUUUUUUCGACAAAAGAAAGCCGUUCACAAUCUUGACAUAACCAUUUUUUUCUACAUAAAUUGUACUGCAAGGCGAAAAUCAGCAAUUCCGUUGUUACAGAAUACAGAAAUAAUUUCAAAAUCCUCAUAUACCGUCAACCUACAGAAAUUUCAUCUCAAUUCGAACUGAAGUUCCCCAUCUCGAUACCAUUAUUACUUUUAUAUAAAUAGUUUCACUCUCCGGUCACCCUCAAUAAUUAACUAUAUAAAGAGCUUCGCAAUACGCAUACCAGUUAUACGUAUAUGAAGUUUCAAAAUCGGCAGAAACAUCAAUAUCGUUCAAGAAAUAGUUUCACACCCCAGAUACGAUGCUAUCAAACCUGGACUCCAGAAAUAGCUUCAUACUUUGGACAUCAUCAAUACGGAACUACAGAAAUGGUCACUAUCAACAUUGAGCUUCAGAAAUACUGAAGUAGUUUCACACUCCGGACACCAUUCUUUAAAAUACAGUAAUACUUUUACAAUCUGGACACCAUCAAUUAGCUUCACACCUUGAACGCAGUCAAUUUUUCAACAGAAAUAAAUUUGCAUACCGAACGCUGUCAAAACCUGAUUCUGGGCCAAUCUAUUCAUUGAUAAAUAUCUUUGAAAUAUAACAAUGAAAUCAAUCAUUGAUACAAACUUUAGAAAACCUCACCGGAUAUUGUUCAUCCAGAAACGUUUAUACCUUGCAUUUCAAGCAUAGAGAAGACACAGUGUUAUCUUAAUCCUUAAUAUGUUUGGAAACAGUGUCGCAUAGUACUGUUAAGUUGUUCAUAUCGUCUCGUGCAUAACAAUAAUGAUCGCUGAUAAUAGCAUCUAAGUCGGUGUACGGAAUUUAAUCCACACCUGUCAUCACCAGCAUCUUAUGAAGAGGCCAACUGUCAAUACACAGACAAUGUCGGUAUUCUUUAAGUUCAAAAUAUCCGGGAAAACAGUGCUCCGGAUCGGGAUACUAUAUUUGACCUUCCGGUGUGACCAGGGAUGGAUUAAUACUGAUUGCCAAGUGGACAACUUGUGGAGAUGUGCCUUCUGAAAAUGCUCAUUUGUGUACUGUUACAGGUCCGAAUGAGAUGACAUGUUCGGAUCAUCUCGGUCGUCUAUAUAUCAUCGCUAUACGUGUGAUAAAACUUCAACUAUUUAUUACUGACUGAAAUUAAAAAUCAUCCACAGAAAUGCGGGUUAAUGGAAUGUUGUACACUUGGAAUUAUAUUGAAGCAUAUGAACUAAAUUAUUUGCUCUUUGUUUGUUUGUUUUCAAUGAUUCGAAUUAUAUAAAAAAAAAAACUGAAACUGUUAUAUAUAUUUCAGGAACCUAUAUUUGGACGAAUAAAAUUCAAUUGAGCCAAUGUCUUUAAGACAACCUGAGACGUGUAUAAACUUUUCUGUUAU